AUGAAGAUCAUACAGCUUCAGCUCUUGGUAUUAAUCUGUUGUCAAGCUGCAGUUUCAGAUCUAUUAACUGAUUUGGGAUCAAAUGUGAUCAUAAACUGUGAUCUUGAUGAAAAUGAGGUUUAUUGGAUUUUACUGAAAACACCAGAUCCUCCGACAGUGAUUCUACGAUCAUUCUCAACACCAAAAUCACCUUUUUACUUCAAUAAAACAUUCAGAAACAAAUAUUCAGUGCAGUUUAAACAUCGUCUGGUUAUUAAUAAUGUGACUGCUGAUGAAUUAGGAGUUUAUUACUGUAUGAACACAGAAACACCUCCAAAACUCAGCAACAGCACCAGACUGCACUUCAAUGAAACUCAACUAACUGAGUGUCACAAUCAUACAGUGCUGGAGGAGUUUAUUGAUCAGAAUCAGACACAAUGGCAGAUUAUUAUCAUCAUAUCUGCUCUGAUGAACGGGCUUCUGCUCAUUCUGCUGAUCGGUGAUUCAUUAGUUUUUGCUGCUGAAAAAACAGAACGGAUGGAAAAACAUGUAUAUGAUGCUGAUCUGCAGUCGACACAAGUUACGUAUCAGCCUCAAGACGCAAAACUUUUACAAGUACGCCGCGGCGGUGGACUUUACUAUAACAAAUAG